AUGACUGAGAAAGAUCUCCUUAAUCUGGCCGAGACUGGAGACUUGUCCAAGCUCUCAAAGCUUGAAGCUACACCUGUGCACACUGAGGUGGACCGCCGACCAAAUUCAAUAUCGCAAGACGGUAUACGUCGCCAUGCUGCGACUGCAGAUAUUAGUGUCAACGAUCUGGAUUUUGAUUUCAACCUUGCCACAGACCGUUAUCCACUAGUUAAUCUCAGGUCUCUCCAGCAAGUCUUUGAUGCUGUGCAAUACCAUCGGCAUUUGGAACGGGAAGAGAACUUUUCGCCUACAACUCAUGUGGAAUGCUUCAAAGCUGAUUCGCAGGGAGGAGAAUGGCGAACACUUGACGAGGCCAACAUGGAUCAACUCUUACAGUCCUAUGCUAUCAACCCCUCCCCAACUAUUAAACCCUGUCUUAGGCGUACUAUGCUCGUUUUCUUUUGUUCCUUGGUUCCUACAGAGGGUACUUCAUUCGGCUCACGCGUUCCAAUGACCCAAAGAAAUGCCAAGCAACUCCUCGAGACAUUACAAGUCAAUCCUUUGUUUGUGAUGAAUAUGAUUGGUCGGCCAGAUUACUGGGCCCCCCAAACGCAUUGGGAGGAAGAUGAUGACGGGAGGUUGCUAGCUUGCGAUCUUUUUUGCCAGCAUCCCCGUUGGAACCUCCAAGCUCAAGGAGCUCCGCUAUCUGUUUAUGUGCGCCAUGACAUUACUCGGGACUUGACAACAUACAUCAUCUCGCAUAAAAAGUUCGAUACCUCCAUCAGCACACUCAAAUCUAUACUGAAAAUUGCACUAAAUGUCACUUCCCCAGUAAAAAAGCCAGCUGUCUUCUUGGAUGAUCCAUUUGACAUCCACACCAUUCUUUCCACACUUUCUUUCGAAGCUUCUAAAUUCCACGUCAAGCGUUUCCAGCGGUUCAUGUGGACGCAGAUGAACAAAGUUGAAGAUCACCUUGUAGACCUCAAGUUUAGUGAUAGCGCUAAAUUCGGAGAUUUAUCAAAGCAGCUCCAAAUCAUGGCCUCAAAUGCAGAUUCACAUAUCGCCAAUGCUGAUGUAACAAUCAUCAUGGCCAAAGCCAUUCAAAAUGCCCACUCACGUCUCAGCCCCUUGCUCCGUCAAUCCAACCCUUUUAUGAAUCAGCGAGCCGAUGAGUCGAUAUCCUAUACUAUCUCCUCCUCGGAGAAAAUAAAAAUGUGGUUCUUGAACUACAAGCAGCGCAAAGACAGUGCCAUGCUCCUGGCUCACAAUCUUGCGAUGCGGCAAGAUGCCAUCAACAACAUGCAGAUCGCUCAUAGCAUGAAGCGAGACUCUGCAUCCAUGAAUGCAAUCGCUGCUUUGACAAUGAUGUUCCUGCCAGGUACCUUUGCAGGAACGGUGGUUGGUGCAGGAGUUUUUGGGGGUGCCAUCAAAGAGACAGUAUGGCUAAUUUGGGCCGCAAUUACAGUACCGCUCACGGUAGGAGUCAUGAUUUGUUGGUGGUUGUAUAAGAAGCAAAGCAGCCAACAGCUAAGGGCAGCAUAG